CUUCAAGUCUGAGACAUCAACUCUGCCUGGCUGCUCCGAAUUCGACUAUUCACCUUAACGGACCUCAGCUGGGAUGCCUGAGUCUCCUCUCAGUCCCACAGCAGCCCGUCAAACCCCAGCCAGCAGCCUCCUCAGCCACACAGACGUCGGUGCAGGAGGGAGAGUAGCUAAUGGGGAAUCCUGCAGUGGAGUGAGUGGUGAAAACUGGCAGAGUCUCCACCAUAAACAGGUGUUUCUGGCCAUGAUGGCUCCUCAGCAGAUGCAGCAGCUCCUGUCCCCAAACCAGCUGCAGGCCCUGAUCCACCAGAAGCAACAAGCCCUUCUGCUUCAGCAGCAACAUCUGAAAGAGUUUUACAAGAAGCAACAACAACAGAUUCACCUGCAGCUGCUUCAACAAAAGCCCAGCAAGAAAGUUAAAGAGCUCCCUGCACAGCAGCUUGUGUUCCAGCAGCUCCUCCAGCUCCAGCAGCAACAGCAGCAGCUCCUCCGGGUGCAGAGACCGGUCCUGUCCUCUCCUGCCCCCUCUCCAGCUGGUUUGAGCCCUGCCGAGAUGCAGCAGGUAUGGAAAGAGCUCGCAAACGGACUAACUGAAGAUAAAACAACAUUGAAGGGCAAUCAGGACUCCUCUGCCAACAACAUUAUGUCAACAAAAGUCACAGGGAGGCAGAGCAGUGACCAGCAGUCUCCUUCUCCUCGCAGGGCAGAAUGUGCUGUCAAAGCUGAUCGCGCUGCCACACACGCUCUCUACGGUCACGGUGUGUGUAAUUGGCCUGGAUGUGAGUCGGUGUGUGAAAACUUCAGCCAGUUCAUCAAGCAUAUAGGCAGUGAGCACACUCUGGAUGACAGAAGUACAGCGCAGUGCAGAGUCCAGAUGCAGGUGGUUCAGCAACUUGAGCUUCAGCUCUGCAAAGAACGGGAGCGUCUGCGAGCAAUGAUGGCUCACCUGCAUCUGCCAUCUUUGGAGUCGCAGUCAAUCUCUGCACCUGCGAGUCUUCAGUCCCCACAGUCUGAUCCGGCUGUUGACCCACACGGUCUCCAGCUCAGCUCAGUCGCCGCCACCAACAACAACCUGAGCCCGUCAGACUCGCCCCAAGUGUCCCCACAACCUCUGAUCCCUGUCAGCGUUCCAUUCCAGGGUGGUGAAGGAGAGUCGCCCACUCAUACACCAUGUGCUGGGGCCAUAAGACGUCGCCAUCACCCUUUGGUCUACUCGCUGUCUUCAGAAAAUGAAUAUGAGCUUUACAAGAACACCGAUAUCAGACCACCUUUCACCUAUGCAACACUGAUAAGACAGGCUAUUAUGGAAACAUCGGACAUGCAACUAACACUCAACGAGAUAUACAACUGGUUCACACGGACGUUUGCUUAUUUCAGGCGCAACGCUGCCACUUGGAAGAACGCAGUGCGCCACAACCUGAGCCUGCACAAGUGUUUUGUGCGUGUGGAGAAUGUGAAAGGCGCAGUGUGGACGGUGGAUGAGGUGGAGUACCAGAGGAGGAGAUCCCAGAAGAUCACAGGGAGUCCAUCACUGCUGAAAAAUGUGUCUUCCAACCUCGACUUUGGGACGGUUCUGAACACCAGUUUACAGACCGCACUGGCUGAGGCGUCACUGCCGGGAUUCAAGAGGGAGUGUGUUAGCAGAAACUCCAGGAGUCGAAUACAGGAGAGCAAAGCAACAAACAGCCACAACAAACAAAACUUCUCUCCAGGAGUCCAACAGUCUCUAGAUCUGAAUGACCAAGAAUCUCUGCUGCCAACAGUAAAACCAGCCGGUCUGCAGCACGACAUGACUGAAGACGACGACGACGACGACGACGAGCAUUUGUUUGACCUUGAAUGACAAAAGAAAGGAUUCAGACUGGAUCGUUUGAGUUAAGUUAGCCUUCGUUGAACAUUCAGGGAUAUAAACCCUACCAUCUUCACUUCAUUUUAAUCGUCAGUGUGUUGUACCAGUCGGCCUGAAAUUCUCACAUAAUACCAUUAAGAACUCCGAACUGUGGCUCAUUACAUAGUUCAUGUAUUCAUAGUUUCAUACACAAGCAAACUGGUCUGAUGUUGUUGCCUAUUGAUGACUACAUGUCUGCAAAAGUGGACAUUUUCCUUUGACUUUAGACCUUAAAGAAAGGAAAGUGAAAUAUAGUGACGUCUAUAGUUUUUGUGCUGGCUUAUUACUUUAUUAUUUUCUGCUUUUCUGAUCAGCCAGAGAUUAAAAACAAAUGAAUAAAUAAACAAAUAGUUUAAAGAUAUGAUAAAAAGCCUUACAGGUGCUCACAUCUGAACUACACACAUAAAAAUUUUUUGAUCUUGAUCUUUGAAUCCUACCCUUUUCAUGUAAAUGAUUCCCUCCAAAGGCCAAAGUACAGGACUAGUUGUUAUAAUACUGUGUAGAGAACGACUGUUUGUCUGUUAUUGUGAUAGCUCAAAGAAAUAACACAGGGUGAAUGUGGAUGUUACAUUACAGCAAAGCCAGAGAUGUUUUGCUGUGACUGUUUUCUGUUGAUGACAUAUCUGAAAACAUGUAUUACAGUCUGUGCCGUGGCUUCUCUCUGUUGUCUCUGUACAUUAAAACUACUUGUAUGAUGCACAUCGGUUUGCUGAAAUGUGUUUUAUCGAUGUCACCGUCUGGUUUGUUUUCCUGUUCCUGUGUGUAACUUAUGUAUUUAUUAACACUGUGUUUCCACUGAAAUAAAGAACGUUACAAACAUUUCACUUUUAUAACAGUAUUUGCAAUAGACACUGUGCACAUAAUACUGUAUUUAUAAAAAUGUGUUUGUCUGUAAUUGUG